AUGGGAAACGUUGACAGCAUUGAAAGCUGCGAGACAUGCUGCGGAAGGACUGGGCAGUUCGAGUUCGAUGAGGGUCAAGGUCGGCGCGCCCCUGAGUAUCCGACGAGUGAGACGGAGGUCUUCACCCAGGGCCCGGCGAGACUGGACCCGCGCCACCAACUCGCAGCCUUCCUCGGAAGAGGCGACGAACAAGGGCCCGAUGGGUUCCUGAAGCAGAAGGGCCUUCUGCCGGGUCGCGAAGAGACUAAUUGGUUCGCCGUCUUCCGGCCAACAAGCGCAGAUGCCAUUUCCAAGAUGAUGGAUGGCCAGGGUACUGGCAAAGGCCUCAACGUAAAGGGCAAGUCUGCAAAGACAGGCUGCCUUUCAGGUUUUGUGCCUGUGCUGCAGAUCAGUGACAACGAGCACAAGUCGCAGGUCUGCACCUCGCCCCGCGAGGCUCGGGUACGAGUGUAUUACCAAAGCGACGAACAUCGAAGUGUAGCGCUCUUCCGCCUCCGCAAGGUGCUUGCGGAGAUGCUACGCUUGUCCGAGGCAGCAGUGCAGCGACUGGAGGCGCAUCAGGCUGGCACCAAAAUGCUUACCGACGAGGCAGAGAGAUUUGCAUUCAUCGAGUUGCUCCUCCAGGUCGAAGACCCUUCCAUUAUCAAUCUGAACCUGUACGAGCCCGAAGCUUUUGGCCUGGACUUGCCAGAGCGCCUGUUUCGGGAGGUGUAUGUGGCGCAGCCGGACAUCUCCCGACAUGGGGCUUGGCAGACUGGACGGGCCUCGGAGCCGGCGUUCAUGGACAUGAACCUCUACGUACUCAGAGAUGUUGAGGCUUCUCCCCGGGCUGUGAUGUGGCAGAACGACUCGGAGGAUGCUCUGAACCCCCUCAGCCUGCUCAUGGCGUACGAGGAGGAGAAGGUGAAGCCAGUCGUUUCCGACUUCGAUGCCUUCAUGCUCGGUUGCUCGGGCAAUAUCCGCUUCGAGCCCCUUCCACCAGACCAAGUGGACAUGAUGAAGUGGUGCCUGGGUCACAUCGAGGAAGUCCUUUCCACCCCCAGCAAAACAGGAUGGAUGUCGCGGUGGCUAGAGGUUCUCAAGCGGGAGUCCGAUGCGGGAUUCCAUCCCGAGAUUCCGAGGUUCGGGUUUGGAGACCCAACCUCUUACAGUAUCGUCGAGCAGCUGGUGGUUGCGAUGGGCCUCUUGGGAGCAGUUCGACAUGGCGCGGAGUGUUUCAAUUUCUACUUCCCCCAGGACCUAGACGACGAGUUCCUCGUGAUUUGGCCCGGCUUUGGAGCAGACCAGCCCUGGCAGUACCUUAGUGAAUCCGAGCUGCGGGACUUUCUGCUUGAUUGCGUGCAACGGGGCUACAGUUUUCCUCUGAAUCCGAAGUGGAUCAUUUGCGAUAAAGGUUGGCGAGCUGUUUUCCAACGGCUGAGAUUCUCACCCCAAGGGAAAAAGCAGCUGGCUGCCUGGUUUCCGCCCGGCUCCAAACUGAUCGAGCGAAUCGAGGAGCUUUGCGACAAGUUUCCCGGUGGCUUUCAGAAACCUGAAGGCGUCGAGGAGCUGGAUAUCGACCUCGCUGAGCUGCAGCUGCGUCGGUACGAGACGCUCCAGAGGGCAAAGCGAAAGCUUCGAGUUGUCUUGAGAUGGAUGAAGCUCAACAAGGGGAAAGGACUGUCGAACGGCGAGGGCCAGGCGUUGAAGGAAGAUCCCUUGGUCCAGGCUGACCAGCACAGGACCUCCGACAAGCCAGAUUCGAUGCAGCCCCUCACAGUUGCGGACGACAAGGCAGAGAAAAAGUCGGGCUGCCUCGGUUGCUGCAAGAAGAAAUGA